AUGGCGGGAAAAGUAACCCUCGCAAACGUGGAUGACAUCCCCGAGCUCGUCGAGAUUUUCUGGGAAGCCUUCGCCGGGCCUGGGGAAAUCGUGUUCCCGCAAACAGACGGCGGUCGCAAAUGGCUCCAGAGGAGUUUUGAGAACUUCUUGGGACAAAAGUCUUACUACAAGCCUGAGUCAAAGGUGGCCAUUGUCAGGAACCUAAACAGUAGAGCGGUCGCGCUCGCUAUCAUUCACGUGGUGCGACCGGGCCAGAGCAUUACCGGGAACUCCUGGAGGACGAGAUGGGCAAAGGGCGAUGACAUCCCCGGGGUAAGCGAAGAGAAGCUCGCCGAGUUUUUCGAGCCCCUCGGCCGAGCUCACAACCUUGUCGUAGGAAAAGAGGGACAUGUUUUUAUCGAGCUCGUUAUGACGAAGUCGACUAGCCGAGGUAGAGGAUACGCCUCAGCGCUCGUCGGCUGGGCCACGAACCUCGCGGACGAACUGGACAUUCCAACCUAUCUGGACGCCGGGAUACGAGGUCUCGGGAUCUGCGAUCGGUGUGGAUUCAAGGCCCAAGAUAUCGAAAUGAAGUAUGGUGGGCCACCUCCUUGUACACCGAUGCUGCGGUCAAGAAAGCAGCAGUGA